AUGUCGGUUGCUACCAUGUUACAACCUGCCUCCAGAACGUCUACUUCAUCUUCCUCGUCUUUUCAACCCAUGACGCGUCAAAACACAAUGUCGUCCCACGACACGCGGUCCCUCCGCCAGUCGAAGCGGAUGUCAAUGAAUGCGCUGUACAUGUCAAUGUCGGCGAAGGAUAGAGACUUGGAGAUUUCAGAUGAUCUAGCUAGGGCCCAGAAGUUCUUGCAAGAGUUGAAGACGAAUAUCUCUUCACAAUCGAAGAAGAAUUUCGUUCUCGAAAAAGAUGUCCGAUAUCUGGAUUCUCGGAUUGCGCUGUUGAUUCAGAAUCGUAUGGCUUUGGAAGAGCAAAACGAAGUUGCGAGCCACCUCGACGAAGUCCUGGAUCCCCAGGAGGGGUUCUUUCCCAAUGACGACAAAACUCAGAAGUACGGUAAUCUUCUCUUCCUCCUCCAAUCCGAGCCGCGGCAUAUCGCCCAUCUGUGCCGAUUAGUCUCCAUGUCAGAAAUCGACUCCCUUCUGCAGACGGUCAUGUUCACAAUCUACGGAAACCAGUAUGAGAGUCGUGAGGAGCAUCUGCUUCUCACCAUGUUUCAGUCUGUUCUUACCUAUCAAUUUGAUAACACGCCGGAGUACUCGUCCCUCCUCCGCCAGAACACCCCCGUCUCACGCAUGAUGACUACAUAUACGCGACGAGGGCCCGGUCAAAGCUACCUGAAACAAGUACUCGCCGACCAGAUCAACUCAUUGAUUGAGCUACGUGAUGUCGACUUGGAAAUCAACCCCCUCAAGGUCUAUGAGACCAUGGUCAAGGAAAUCGAAGAAGAGAAUGGAUCGCUGCCUGACUACCUCGCAAGAUCUGUCACGGCGGAAGCUGCAGCAGAGAAUAAGCAGGUGCAGGCCAUUAUUGAGCCGCGCUUGAAGAUGCUUACUGAGUUAGCGAACAAGUUCCUGUCAACGAUCAUCGAUCACGUGGACGAGGCCCCGUAUGGCAUUCGGUGGAUUUGCAAGCAAAUUCGGAGCUUGUCUCGUCGCAAAUACCCUGAUGCGCAGGACCAGACGAUCUGCACCCUCAUUGGUGGAUUCUUCUUCCUUCGCUUCAUCAACCCAGCCAUUGUCACCCCACGCUCCUACAUGCUGAUUGAAUCGACUCCGACGGAAAAGCCCCGUCGCACGCUGACGUUGAUCGCCAAGAUGCUUCAGAAUCUGGCAAACAAGCCCUCGUAUGCGAAGGAGCCUUAUAUGGCGAAACUGCAACCGUUCAUUGAGCAGAACAAAGAACGAGUCAAUAAGUUUAUGCUUGAUCUGUGUGAAGUGCAGGACUUCUACGAGAGCUUGGAGAUGGACAACUACAUAGCCCUAUCCAAGCGCGACUUGGAGUUGCAGAUCACUCUCAAUGAGAUGUAUGCCACACAUGCCUUGUUGGAGAAACACAAUGUGGCUUUGGCGCAAGAUCAACAUUCUCACCUCCAUGUGUUGUUGCAGGAGCUUGGUACAGCACCGCCCCAGGUUCCGCGCAAGGAGAAUAGGACCAUCACAGUCCCCUUGUUCAGUCGCUGGGAAACCACUGCACUGGAUGAUUUGACCUCGGCCCUCGACAUCACUCAAGAAGAAGUCUUCUUCAUGGAAGCCAAGUCCACAUUUGUUCACAUCUUGCGGUCUUUGCCGCCAGACUCUCCUGUCGCCCGGCGCCCCCUUCGCCUUUAUCGCAUCGCAGAGGCGGCGGCAACCUCGAAGACUGGCGAUGCGGCCAUGGUCAAGAAGGGCAUUCGCACCAUGGAAUUGUUGAGCCAGCUUCAGGAGAUGGGAGUGAUUGAUCGGUCGGACGAUUUCAGUCUUCUCCGCGACGAGGUGGAACAGGAGCUGGUGCACCUGGGAUCUCUGAAAGAAAAGGUGUUGGAAGAGACGAAGAAGUUGGAAGAAGUCUUUGCGACCAUCCGUGAUCACAAUGCCUACUUGGUGGGUCAGCUCGAAACGUACAAGUCGUACUUGCACAACGUCCGAAGUCAAUCGGAGGGGAAGCAGCGGAAACAGCAGAAGCAUCAAGAACUUGGACCCUACAAAUUCACACAUCAGCAGCUUGAGAAAGAGGGCGUUAUUCGCAAGAGCAACGUCCCUGAGAACCGUCGGGCGAAUAUCUACUUCAUGUUCAAGAGUCCUUUGCCUGGCACCUUCGUCAUCAGUCUCCACUAUAAAGGUCGUGCACGUGGCCUUCUGGAACUGGAUCUCAAGCUUGAUGAUUUGUUGGAAAUGCAGAAAGACAACCAGGAGGACCUAGACCUGGAGUACGUCCAGUUCAAUGUUUCGAAAGUACUCGCACUUUUGAACAAACGAUUUGCACGGAAGAAGGGCUGGUAG